AUGUCCCUUGUCAUUGCUCGUUCAGUUCCAAAAAGGAAUGACUCCAGUCAGGGGUCAAAUCCUUUAACAGUAUCGGAUAUCGAGAAGAAGACUGUCAUAGUUACGCAACACCCUGCUGGGGCUUGUGCGGAUGAUACAGCAGUUAGUACUUCAUCCGACAGCCGCCGCUCUUGGUUCCGGCGAUCCAAAGCCUGCGACCCCAACGCCAUCGCAACACAGCCAUCAGUAUACGAUGAUCCAGAGCUUGCUGAAGAAUAUAAACCCCGACCAGACUGGGAGGGCAUCCAUCGCUUCGAUCCGGCUGCAAGAUGGACCUGGGCCGAAGAAAAUAAAAUUGUCAGAAAACUGGAUACACGAAUUGUUUUAUGGGCCUGUGUGAUGAUAACAGCCCUGGAGCUUGACAAAUCAAACAUCCAACAAGCAAAUGCGGACAAUUUUCUUACCGACCUUCAUCUAAACCGAGACGACUACAACUUAGGGAACACACUCUAUCGACUAUGCUAUCUCUUAAGUGAGAUUCCCACGCAGAUAAUCUGCAAGAAGAUUGGCGCGGACAGAUGGCUCCCCAUACAAAUGGUCUCGUGGUCGAUUGUUGCUGGCUGCCAGUUCUGGCUCACUAAUCGAGAGUCCUUCCUGGUCUGUCGAGCAUUGAUAGGGAUCAUGUCUGGAGGGUUUACCCCCGCAGUGAGUGGCUCUAUGAACGUUAUUUUAUAUCUUUCCUACUUCUACAAACACCAUGAGCUAUCUAUACGUCUUGGAUACUGGUAUGCAGCGUCUUCUUUGGCAGACAUUCUGGCAGGGUUUCUUGCCUUCGGGAUUUUGCAUAUAGGCGGCCGUGCUGGUGAAGCCGGCUGGCGGUGGCUUUUCUUAAUUGAGGGACUCAUGACUCUAACGCUCGGUCUUCUCUCGUUUGUUCUUUUGCCCCCCUCGCCAACACAAACGGCCCACUGGGCCCGAGGAAAGAAGGGCUGGUUCACGGCUAGGGAAGAAACCAUCAUGGUCAACCGUAUCAUACGGGAGGACCCGAGCAAGGGCUCCAUGCACAACCGUCAGCCACUCACAGCCAAGCUAUUGUGGAUGAGCAUCAAGGACUAUGAUUUAUGGCCGCUGUACAUUAUAGGUGUGAUGUUUUUGACACCAUGGACCACGAUUUCACAGUACUUUACAUUGCAGAUGAAGGAUUUUGGUUUUAACACCUUCAAUACUGUUUUGCUAGCCAUCCCAUCCAAUGUUCUCCAGAUUGUGACAAGGAUCCUCAUCACCUAUGCAGGGGAAAUGUUUGGCUCUCUGGCAUUAAUGGGGGUUCUAGCUCAGCUUUGGUGCCUGCCACUUAUGAUCUACAUGAAUGCGGGGGAUCUGAGUCGGACAAACAAAUGGGUCGUGUGGACAGUCCUCACGUUACUCCAGGGCUUCCCAAAUACCCAUGCACUUCAAGCCGGGUGGGUGUCCCGCAACUCGAACAGCGUGCGAACUCGGGCUAUUGCCGCUGCAAUGUACAAUAUGGCUGUGCAGCUGUCUGCCAUCAUAGCUUCCAACGUAUACCAGGAUUGGGAUGCACCACGCUAUGUCGUAGGAAACCGAGUACUCCUGGCUCUUAUCAGCACCAACAUUGUCCUCUACCUGGCGACCAAGGCAUAUUACAUGCUGCGGAAUCGCCAGCGGGACUGCAAGUGGAACGCGAUGACGGAGGAUCAAAGGGUAGAUUAUGUUGCAACCACGAAGGACGAGGGGAACCGAAGAAUGGAUUUCCGGUUCGCACAUUGAUUAGGAAGGAUGUCAGUUCCGGCUCACUUGGGGGGCGAUUGUGUCAUAGUUAUGAAAGAACCCGGUCAGAAUGAGGAUGAGGAUGAGGAUGAAGAUACUAUAAAUAAG